UCUAUCAACAACUACUACGUAAUUUGUUAUUUUUAUUGUAGACUCUUUGGUUCACUUCAUGAAAGUUUUGUAAACAUGAAGGAUAAUUACUUUUAUUCAUACCUACGUCAGUCUGGACUUGCGAAUUCACCGAGUCGCCCUAAUAAUACUUAUGGCAUUAGCGUUUAAUACCUUCUCAGCAGUGAUCGAGCUUUGAGAUUCCCAGUUGUGAGUUCAGAUCACUCAUGGAAAUAUGUGGAAUAAUUUGUAUGUUAACAAGUGACCCUUUAAUCAGUCCUUGAUCUUAUAGAUUUGUGAUAACAGUAGCUUGUGUGUUUUUCGUACAAAACGUGCUCUCGUGUUAUUUUAAUAUUGUCUUCGAUAUUAUCCUAUGAGAAUUCGAAAAUGUUCGCCACAAAUAUUAGAGCACUGAAAGUGGAAAAACCAGAAAGAGAAACUAUUCAUUCUGGACAUUUCAUGGUAUCGCACUUUGAGGCUGAAGAGCAAGAUGACGAAGAUGAGGUAGCUGUGCCUGUGCCAGAAGAAAAUACCAAUACAACCACCAUAGUGCCUGUCAAGCAAUUUUCUACUGGAGUGAAAGAUGUUUCAAUGAAUACAACACAACAACAUUUGGAGAUUGAUACUAGUUUAUCCAAAUUAUUUCAGUGUAUGACAUUGGCAUAUAGACAAAAAUUAACAUCACCAAAGUGGAAUCGAUUCAGGGGAAUAAGACUGCGUUGGAAGGAGAAAAUCAGACUGAACAACGUAAUAUGGAGAUGUUGGCAUCUUCAGUUCAUAAAAAAAGUUCCUACGUUGAUUUGCCAGUUUGCCUCUCCCCUAGAUGUGGAUACACACAACAAGCCAGAGGCAGUUGUAUUGGAGGGAAAAUAUUGGAAGAGAAAGUUGCAUGCCGUAACUGCCGAAUACAAAAAAUGGCGAAUGUUCCACAGACAUCAUUCUCUAUUACAACAAAUAUCCAGAGAUACCCAAGACACGAUAAUGAACGAAGUGGGUCUAUGGGACUCUCAAAGCAACGAAAGUGUACAUAUGCUUGUGGAUGAGGACUACAUGGAUCUUAUGAGUGAUACUUUAUUUUCAACAAUUGCAAAUCAGCCUUUUCAUUUUCCAGAUUCCAGAGAAAUUGCUAAAGCUGGUUUGGCCGAUUUCAUUCAGCCUAGCCUUGGACCACUGCAGCCAAACCUAGAUGAUUACAUGGAUACUUUUGAACAAGAAUUAAUGUUAGCAAAAUUGCCUACGGUACCUGAAGAACAACAAGAAUCUAUAUACAAAUCCACUGUAAAUUGGCCAUACUCUGAGUUGGAUUUAAUCACAUCCACUAGUACAAUUCCAGGUACUACUACAUCGCCAAAUCCAUACACCCAACCCAUGCAAACAAUUUCUUCUGAGAAGGCACAAAUAAUCCCCCCACAUACAAUGCAGUCCUCCAAUUUCAAUGAAAUUAUUCUGCCAAUAGAAAGUUCCUAUUCUCAAAGGCAACCCCCAGCUGCUCCCCCUCCUACAUAUCAAAUAAAUGUUAUUUCGAGAAGGAAACCAGUUACAAGAUUGAGUGAAAAUCAGAUUGCACAGAACAAUGCAAUGUAUAGAAGUUUUCCAGAAACACCUCAAAAUAUACAGAUGGGAAUUUGUGAAGAUGUAUCGGCAAAGAAAAGUCCUAGGCAGUCCCCUCUACUUGUCCAACCUUCACAGAGUACAAUAAGUGAGACACCUCCGUUCAAGUUACCCCAAGCCACUUCCGAUCUCAGAACAAUUUCUAAUCAAGGUUACAAAUUUUCUCAACCACUGGCUAGACCCAACAUCAAAUUCACAUCACCAAUUUCCCAGGUACACAACAAUACCGUGCACUUUCCUUCAGUGCAACCUCAAACAUAUAACACUCCUACCUAUCAAGUAAAGGAUGAAAGCAGUAGACAUUCUAGAAGCAGUGGUCCUUCUAGAACAAAACAUCGUUCUAGAUCCUCCACACGAGAACCAAUUAAAAGGCCACCCCUUUUAUCUGCAGCCAGUGAUCCUGCAUUGUUAACGCCAACAAACAGCGUUUUACUGACUCAGCUCUUAACAAACAAUUCUAAUGAUCAAACAGUGUCACCACAGAGUAGUAGUGUUCUUUUGACACAACUUUUGACUAAUAAUGAAAAUUCAAAUUUGUAUAGACAGUGCCAAAGUCCUUCACAAAAUAACGGUGCCAUAAGAAUAAAAGAAGAAAGCACUUUGACAUAUUUGGCAGAUGCUCCUGCUGCCACCACUCUCAUCAUAACAUCUCCGGUCACAUUUAAUUCUGCUCCAUCACCAACUACAGAUCAAUCAAUGUUAAACACUUUUAGUAGUUCAAACAGUCCCAUUCUGGAACACUCAUCUCAAUGUCUGAAUUCCCCAACAUCGUCACAGGGUUCAAUAGGUUCGCCAAUUCAGGAUUCCGGUUGCAGGGAUCAGCGAAGGGUCGGUCACAUCCAUGCUGAGCAGAAAAGAAGAUACAAUAUCAAGAACGGUUUUGACGUGAUACAUUCACUCAUUCCGCACCUGAAUCAGAAUCCUAAUGCAAGGUUAAGUAAAGCAGCUAUGUUGCAAAAAGGUGCAGAGUAUAUAAGGCAAUUGAGACAAGAAAGGGAACUGCUUAAAGAAGAAAUGACCAGUUUGAGGCAGCAAAUAGAGAGUUUAAAUACUUCGAUAAGCAAUUGCCAGUCGUUGUUGCCUACGAAUGUGGCGCCCAUCAACAUUAGAAGAGAUGGCAAAAUGCAAGAACUGUUUGAUGAAUAUGUUAGAAAUAGAACAGUGGAAAAUUGGAAGUACUGGAUUUUUAGUUUGAUCUUCAGACCUUUGUUGGUCUCUUUCAAUAACGUAGUUUCUACAUCAAGUAUGGAAGAUUUAUACAGGUCAACUAUUUUAUGGGUGGAGCAACAUUGUACCCUUGGUGAUCUCAGACCUGUUGUAUUGAAUUCUUUGAGACACCUUUGCACAAAAACCGAAAUUCUUUCCGAACCAGAACGGCUCCCCGAUGAAGCAAGGCAAAUGUGUUUGUCAUCAAAAACUAAUCGGUCAUAACAAAAACUAACUGAAAUUAAAGUUUUAAUGGUGCACUCAAUUAUUCAUAAUGUAUUAAAUUGAAUGAGAUCAAAAUAUCGAAUGUCUGUCAGCUUAUUAUUGCAUUUGUGUUCAUUUUGAUGUUGAGUAAAACAAAAAGGUCGUAUUUCAUAAUGUCACAAGAAUUAUUAGGCUUAAGAUCAAAGAAUAACAACUUCAAGAUGUUUUUGACAUCUUCAGGCAUCUUGCAACAUACUGUUAUUUCAUUUCUCGGAAUAUUCAUUAUGUUUAUAUGUUUGAAUUGUAUGUUUCGGAUGCUGAUAUACUAAAAGAUUCUUGUUGACAUUGCUACCUCAAAUUCUUGAGUCAACUGUGAAUUGUAAUGAAUAUUUUGUCAAAUUUGCUUUAUGCAAAUGAAUGAACCAGCAUACUUAUUGUUUUAUUAUUGCCAUUUCUAGAGUAUGAGUGGUAGUUGAAUUAAUUCUGUGCUCAUUUAUGUAUAUAAUACAAACAUUUUGUGCCAUCUAUCUAGUAAAAUAUAAUAUCUUCAUUUAGCUUUCAAGAGUUGAUAAUAGAUAACUCAAUAUAGUUUUUAUUAGAGAAUUCCAUUGGUAAAACUAGUGUUGCACUGGGUAAUUUCAAAAUAUGCACUAAGUGCGUACCAGUUCUACCAUUAGAAUUGCCUGUAAUGGUCAAUUCCAUUGGUAGAGAGUUCAGAAAUUCACUCAGAAGUGAAAAGUUGAAAAGUAUCACGUUACACCAAUCCCAAGAAUAUAUGUGUACCUAUAUACUCGGCGCGAGUCAGUUUUACCAAUGGAAUUCGCUGUAUGUUAUAUAAUGGUGUUUCUUCGACAUAUUUGUGUUGAAUUAAAUAGGUGAGCAGGUUUCCAUAUUCUUACUCAAAAUAAGUCAGGUACUUCCGUAUUUUUCUGUACAUUACCAAAUAGUGUGCAAUAUAAACAAGUUGUAAAAAUUGUAUUUAGUAGUAGUGCCUUGAAAAUGUGUGAUAUUACAUAGUUAUACAAAUUGCUAAAAAUUCGAAACUUCCCUAAAAUCAUGAAAAUGAUGUUGAAUCCUUCCUUUUCGAUAUGAAAAUGUAAUAUCCAUGGAUUGAUGUAAGCUUGCAAGAAAAUUGAAAAUAACCUAUUUCACUUGAUUCAUGAAACUUUAAUUGGCAAUUAUAUUCAUCGUUAAACUAAUCCUUUUAAGGAAGCGACAUUUUGAUGAACUCAUUUCCUGACAACGAGGAAUAUUUGAAAAUUCAUAUCCAAUAGAAGACUUUGGUCCAAGUUGUCAAUCCAAACAUUUAUUAAGAAUUUUGCACAACCAAGGAAAAAAUAAAUAUCAUGUUUAGAUUGGUGUUAUAUAGAAAUAUCCGUAAAUUCCGCCUCAGCUCUUCAAUCUUGGUGAAUUUACGAAUAUUCAUAACCUUAACAUAAUGUGUUAAUUUUAUUGAUGAAAAAAAAAUCAUUUGACUCUCGAUAUCGUUUGUUUUACAUACAUUCGAAUACCCAUUUUUCGAUUAAGUACAAGACAAAUAAAAUUCAAAUAAUGAAUGAAGUGUACCAGCCUUCUGUACUGUUGUUGUUCUGGUUGUUCAUAAUUAGAACACAUAUGACUUAUCACUAUGUAUAAACUACCAGUUUUUCAUGGCGAGUAUAGAGAUAACAAUCUUGUCAUGCUUGACUUAACAAACUCUACAUGCCAUGAAAAGUUUGUAGUAACCACAUAAUUAUACUUUAUAUAUUGUGAUUCAGUUACAAAUAAAAUUUGUUAAGCAUUAUUUCUAAUUCGAAGUAAUAUUGUAUAAAUUUUUAUGAUUUUAUUAUUCUGUUACAGUACUUAUAAAUGAACUAAUUUCAUGUUAUUUUAUAACAGUUGUUUAAUGUGAAUUUUCGUCACAAAUUAAUAUCUCAUUAAAAAAUAUUUUUGUUU